GCUUCCGUCCCAGAUGAGUGUCAGUCAGUUAGUCAGUCGGUGACGGACAUCACAACCGGAGCAGCACCGGAUCAUGCGCGCGCUCACGGCCUCCUGACAGCUGCACGCGGCUCGGUUCCGGUGUCGGCGAGCGAGAUGGACGGUGGCGAGAGGAAGGAUAUAAAGCUCUCUGCUGAAGUAGAACCGUUUAUCCCUCAGAAGAAAGGUGUUGAAGUGUCAUUAUUACCCAUGAGUCUGUGCGGUGAGGGUGGAGCUGAGCCCACACAAAUCCCCUCCUACCUGAUCACCUGCUACCCCUUCGUUCAGGAGAAUCAGAACAACAGUCGGCAGAUGGCGGUGUAUAACGGAGAUCAGCGCUGGCAGCAGCUGAACCCGGGCCCCGGGGGGCCGUACCUGGCGUACCCCAUCCUGUCGUCCCCACAGCCCCCCGUCUCCAGCGAUUACCCCACAUACUACCACGCCAUCAUGCCCUCGCCCUGUCCUCCCGUAAUGGGCUUCUACCAGCCCUUCCCUGGGCCCUACACGGGACCCCUGCCACCCGGUGUCCUCAACCCCGUCUCCGACUGCAGCGAGCGCACGCUGACACAGACUCAGAGAGGAAGAGGAGUCUCACGAAACCCCGUCCUGCACAAGCAGCCGAUGGCUCAGCCAAUCAGAGCCAAGCGUCCCGUGAUGCGGAGCACAGCGGUACAGAAGGAGGUGUGUGCCGCCGGGCCUGAUGGGAGAUUCAAGACGGUGCUGCUGGUGGAUGCAGCACAGCAGACAGAUUUCCCCGGCGAGGCGUCCGGCGGCGUCAGGAGUGUGUCGGAUCAGACGAGUCCUCCGCAGUGGAAGAAGGCCUGGCGCAGACACACGUCCCAGCAGGAGUCGUCCGGAGAGCAGGGGGUCAGCGAGGCAGACAUCGACAGCGACAGCGGCUACUGCAGCCCCAAACACAACCAGGGAGCCGCCAGCUCCUCCACCAAUCAGCACACGGACGCCGCGGCUGUGGACGCUGGAGUCAUGUCAGCUGGGAGCUGGGGGCAUGUAGCCUCACAGACCGUCCAGAAGCCGUGGACAGACAGGAACACAGUGUAUCUCAGAGGCAGAACACCUGAGCAGAGGAACUACACACAGGACGUGCAGAUGAGCUUUAGAGGUCACGCAGGAGGACAGAGAUCCACUCCUUCAGAGACGCCCAACACACACCUCACACCUGAGCCACUGUACUUUCAGGAUGAGGAUGAGUUUCCUGAUCUGGCCACAGGUGGCGCUGCUCAGCGGAAUAAACCAGAACCAGUUCAGCCCAAACUGCACAAGAACCUGCUGGAGAACCUUCCAGAGAACUCCCCCAUAAGCAUCGUGCAGACGCCGAUCCCCAUCACCAGCUCCGUGCCCAAGAGAGCCAAGAGUCAGAGGAAGAAGGCCCUCGCCGCCGCUCUCGCCACAGCACAGGAGUACAGCGAGAUCAGCAUGGAGCAGAAGAAGCUACAGGAGGCUCUGUCUAAAGCAGCAGGUAAGAAGAGCAGGACGCCGGUGCAGUUGGAUCUGGGAGACAUGCUAGCAGCGCUCGAGAAACAACAACAGGCCAUGAGAGCACGACAACUCAACAACACCAAACCAUUGUCAUACGCAGUGGGGACAGUGGGCGCUCUGAACAGUAAAGAUGGCAGCAGUCGAGUGACGGGACUCAGAAACACAUACACCCCCCCUCACAACAUCCUGGACUCCAGCGCCCCCCGCGUCAAGAGAGGGAAAGAGAGAGAGAUUCCCAAAGUCAAGAAGACCACUGCCAUGAAGAAGAUCAUUCUGCAGGAGCGUGAGGUGAAGAAGGGCAAGAGUCCUGCAGAGCACAGUGUAUCUGGAGCAGACGAGCAGAGAGACGCUCUGAGCUUCACAGACACACUCACACAGGAGCAGGAUGAGAACGGUCUGAGCGUGCCCAGUGAUGCGUCUCUGUCUCCAGCCAGUCAGAACUCUCCCUACAGCAUCACACCCGUGUCUCAGGGCUCGCCCGGCAGCUCCGGCAUCGGGAGCCCCAUGGCUGCGUCCGCCAUCACCAAGAUCCACAGCCGCCGCUUCAGAGAGUACUGUAAUCAGGUGUUGAGUAAGGAGAUCGAUGAGAGCGUGACGCUGCUUCUGCAGGAGUUGGUUCGCUUUCAGGAGCGGGUUUAUCAGAAGGAGCCCAGCAAAGCCAAAGCCAAGCGGCGUCUGGUCAUGGGUCUGCGAGAGGUCACCAAACACAUGAAACUGAACAAGAUCAAGUGUGUCAUCAUCUCGCCCAACUGUGAGAAGAUCCAGGCCAAAGGAGGUCUGGACGAGGCCCUUUAUAACGUCAUUGCCAUGGCGAGGGAGCAGGAGAUCCCGUUUGUGUUCGCUCUGGGCAGAAAGGCUCUGGGACGCUGCGUGAAUAAACUCGUGCCGGUCAGCGUCGUGGGGAUAUUCAACUUCUCUGGAGCCGAGACUCUGUUCAAUCAGCUGGUGUCUCUGACGGAGGAGGCGCGGAGGGCGUAUAAGGAGAUGGUGAGCGCUCUGGAGCAGGAGCAGGCCGAGGAGGCGCUGAAGAACGUCAAGAAGGUCCCGCACCACAUGGGUCACUCCAGAAACCCGUCCGCCGCCAGCGCCAUCUCCUUCUGCAGCGUCAUCUCCGAGCCCAUCUCAGAGGUCAACGAGAAGGAGUACGAGACCAACUGGAGGACGAUGGUGGAGAGCGCAGACGCUCCAGAGACCGAAGCGGUCAGCAGAGAGCAGCGUGUGGUCAGCUCUCCGCCCAGAGCCAGCCCUGACCCGAGCCCCGCAGCCGCCCGCGCUCCCGAGAGAGACGAGUCCCGCUCAGACGACCGGCUGGAGCGCGCCUCGCAGCGGAGCACAGACACCGGCUCGCUGGACGGCAGCUGCAGAGACCGCCUCAACUCCUCCAUCACCUCCACCACCUCCACACUGGUGCCCGGCAUGCUGGAGGAGGAGGACGAGGAGGACGAAGAGGAGGAGGACUACACGCCCGAGCCACUCUCUGUACAGCUGCCACCGCUCAGCCCCAGGGUCGAGUCCUGGGUCUCCAAAACCCUGGAGAACAUGCAGCUGCGCCGACACAGCAGCGACGAGGAGGAGGACGAGGAAGAGCGGAUGAGCGAUGAAGAGGAGCUCGACUCUUCUGACCUCACCGAACCGGCGGUCGACGACAAGGACGCGGCUGAUUCGUCCACACACACGGGAUGAGAGGUCACAGCACACACGGCCCACAAACACUGACUCAGGAAACUGUACCGGACUCUAACCCCUCACACACUCACACACUCUCCGUGAAUAACACACGUCUCCAGAAGCUUCACACAAACACACCAGUGGGACUUCAUCAUUUACACACCCUCAUGUUGUUUCAAACCUUCUUUGGAGAAUAAACAAAGACGUUUUGGAGCCCACUGACUUCCUCUACAUGGACGAAGAGCAUCCACUGAAGAAAUAACGUUUGUAAAGCGAGUAACUGGUUCAGCGUUUGUGUGACUCUGAUUCUUUAACCAGGAAAUGCAAACGAAAGAAACAUGGGUUGUGAACAAACAUGUAAAUAACAUGUCUGAAUGUUUCUAAUAUUCUUGUCUUCGCUCUUGAACUCAAGCGAUCGGGAGGACGUCCUCGGAUUGAAUGUUCCUCCUGGUGCUGAUGGGUCUGUUGCGCGUGUGUGUGUGUGUGUGUGUGUGUGUGUGUGUGUGUGUGAGACCUGGUUUACUCUCUCUCCUGCAGCUGUAGUCGAGCUCCUCGUGAAGGAUCUCGUGAUGAUGGUAAAUGUCUGUGUUCAGGAUCAGUGCUGGUGAAACCGUGGAUGUUCUGGAGCAGGAUCUCGGUGCAAUAAGCUUCUGUAGCAGCGUUCUCUCUCUGUGUGUGUGUGUGUGUGUGUUUGGAGUGAUCUUCAUCGCGUGUCUUUUGCACUAUGUACAUAUAAAUGUGAACAUGCUUUGGUAACUAAUGUGAAACUAGCACGCCUCUCUGACGUGUGUGUGUGUGUGUGUGUGUGUUUUCCAGCAGUUCUGUACGUGCAGUAACUGUUCUCUGAUCGUUAAUGCAAUUAAACGGUUUUAACUCACUCU